AUGGAUAACGAAAAUAGUAUAGGUUCUGAUAACAGUAGUGUAGUGGGACAAUUAAAAAAAAAUAAUGUAGGAACGUUAGAAUGUAUAGCGCUAUCAGUUGGGGGCAUUGGAUUAAGCACGGCCCUCUUCUUUGUAUACCCUAAUAUAGCAUCGGUCGCCGGUACAGCAGUACCGUUCACAUUAAUUAUAGGCACAAUUUGUACUUUAUCUAUGGCAUACACUAUUUGUACUUUUUCAAAAUAUGUUUCAUCAAGUGCAUCUUUGUUUUUAUAUAUUUCAGAAGGUUUGGGCAAUUCGAUGGGGUUUUUGUCAGUUUGGGUUCUAUUGGUUGGCUAUUUAACAGUAAUGGUGGCUGCGAUUCUAAUGUUUGUUAGUACUCUAUCAGAUGUAAUUACACGACACACCACAUUUCACUUCCCGUGGAUUCUUAGCGCUAUAUUAGUGGUUACCGUUAUUCCCACAUUGGCAUAUAUAGGUAUCGAUGUAGUAUUAAGAACCACUUUAAUAUCAAUGGCACUCGAGACAAUAGUAAUGUUGGUUUUAACUAUUUUUGUUGUAGUUAAAGGCGGUGAUCAAGGUAACUAUCCUUUGGCAUUUACACCAGUCGGUGACUAUGCGCCUGAUAUUUCAGGUAUAGCAAGAGGUUUGGUAUUUUGUGUGUUUAUUUUCAUUGGGUUUGAGGGUGCCGCUAAUUUGGGAAGAGAAACUAGAAAUCCCAAAAAGAGUAUACCCAUUGCUGUAGUUGGUGCUGUUUUAGUGGCUGCAGUUUGGUUAAUUUGGGCAAGUUAUGCUAUGAUUGUUGCAACAGGACCCUCAAAUAUAUUCUCAAUGAGACUGGACCAAUCGCCAAUAGAACAAAAUGCAAAUCGUUAUGUAUCCUAUUGGUUUUCAAUUGUCAUCGAUGUCGCAGGUAUAGUAUCUACAUUCAAUGUUUGUAGUAGCUGGUUUAAUAUUGUGUUCAGAAUUCUCUAUAGCAUUGGUAAAACUAUAAAAGAAAAUACAAGAAACCCAAUUUCAAAACUAUCGAAUACAAACAAAAAAUUUAAAACACCACAUGUUGCAAUUAUUACAUUGACAGUAUUCAUAGUUUUAUGUUGCUUUAUUAUAGCAUGUUCAACUAAAAGUAUAUAUACAACACACACCUGGGAUGUCUAUAACUACCUUAGCUAUAUCAGUGCGAUUCCUAUUAUACUAGUUUUUAUUGUUACAAAUAUUGCUCUGGUUCCAUAUAUGAAGAAAAAGCAACCUCAAGAUUAUAGAUUUUUUAAUCAUUUAAUAUGUCCUUGUGCCAGUGGACUAUUGUUUAUUUUAUUAUUAGUGGGUAAUUUCUAUCCAGAACCUCCAUCAUACCCAUUGCCAUUUUUCUUGUAUGCUUUAGCUGGUUUUAUAAUCAUAGGUAUUGCAUUAAUGUUUUAUUUAACAAAAUUUAAAAAACAAUACAUCAACAAUAUGAUUUUUGAAAUGUCUAAAUAA